AUGCCAACCGCUCUAAUCAUCGGCGCCGGUUCACGAAUCGGCCAUGCAACAGCCACAGCAUUCGCUGGCGCCGGCUACAAAGUCGCCGUGGCAUCGCGCACCGUAAAACCCCAAGACAUCUCGACAUUUACACACUUUGUAUUCGACGCUGCGAAGCCAGAGACCAUCGGGGGGUUGUUUGAGAGUGUUCGGAAGACGGUUGGGAUACCUAGUGUAGUCAUCUACAAUGCCUACGCGAGUCAUCACACCAAGCCCGAAACCCCGUUCGAGACACCUCUCAAUGUAUUUUCAGAGGACAUGAACGUCAACGCCACCAGCGUUUGGGCCUCUGCUCGUGAAUCAGUCCAGUGUUUCGAAGAUCUGAGUUCCGAGAAAGGAGGACUAGGAACAGAAGGGGCCACGUUCAUAUUCACCGGAAACAUGCUCAAUGACACCGUCGGUCCGGGUUUUUUGCCAUUUGGAAUGGGUAAAACUGCGGCUGCGCAUUUGGUCAAAUACCUUGCGCUGAUCGCGUACCCGGGGAAGCCAUACAAGUUUUACUGGGGCGAUCAGCGACUCGCAGAUGGCGUACCAAUGUAUACAGGUCUCAGUGGCCCGGCGCAUGCUGAGCUGUAUCUGUCCCUGGCCAAGGAUCCAGAGCAGGGGCCUUGGCAGCAGACUUUUGUAGAGGGUAAAGGGUAUGUGGAGUUUCCUCGUCGAGAGUUUGCAAUUCCAGGGCAAUGA